AUGAAGAAAGUGGAAGCCAUACGAAAGCUAAACGAGACAGAACUCGAAGAGGGCAUCGCCGGCACAAGCGCCUCAUGGCACCAGAAAUACGAGUCCUGUCCGUUCAUCUACGUCGGCGGUCUACCCACAGCACUCACCGAGGGUGACCUACUAGCUAUGUUUGAGCAAUUCGGUAUCGUUGUCCUUGUCAAUCUCGUGCGUGAAGCAGACACGGGCAAGUCGCGCGGGUUCGCCUUUCUAAAAUAUCACGACCCAAGAAGCGCCGUCCUGGCAGUCGAUAAUUUCACAGGUACUGAGGUGGGCGGUCGCACAUUGCGCGUCGACCAUGCCGAAGACUUUAAAAUCCCAAAUGAGCCAGGUCGGGGCAUAAUUGAUACAACACCGCCACAGCUUAGGGCUGAAGAUAGCUCCCGUCCGAGCGGUCGCCCGGCAACCAAUGAAAGCAAUGCGAAUGAGAUCACUGCAGUUGUCAAAAAGGAAACAGAGAAGGAAGAUCGCCGAGAGAGAGCCGUCUUUGAGAGGUGGCAAGCCAUGAAUAAAAAACGUGAGAGGGAAGAGCGUAAAAGACAGCGACGGAGGAGCGAUAAGGGGCACCCCGCAGUCCAGAGGGACGGACACGACCUCGACAAUUCGAUCGACCGAGAAGCAAAUGUUCAACCCCCCAAUGGCGAGGUAAACCGUGAGACAAGGCAUGCAAGAGUAUCGGAAUCUCGCAUUGAAAAGAGAAGACAUAAGGAAGAACGACGGGCCCGAAAAGCUGAACGUGCCAAACUUCGGGAAGAACGGAAGCGAAGGAGAGCAGAGCGUGAAGGAGAGCGGUAA